AACUUGAUACCCCUGUAAGGUUUUCUCUCAAAUAAACCAGCAUUGAUCUUUUCAGGGAGCGCCAGAGCCAGAAGAGAAACAACUAUAAACGACUUAUUUUGAAGCACUUGAUGGAUCUUCACAACACUCGAAACAACCUGUUCAUCUGUAAUAUGGUUUGACAAUUAGGGCCGGCUACAGUAUUUGAACGCCGUCACAAACUGGAAAAGGGACCAAUACCUAAAGCACCACAUAAACUUAACUACGGCCUACCUUAAAGUUUGCUCAUCGUCAUUAUGACAUUGUGACUCAUUGAGAGCAGCAGUUGGCAGCACUGUACAUCUUCUCAAAGUUAAAAGGAAACCAAAUAUGAUAUCUGCGGAAAAUGAAUACUAUCUGAGAGUUUAUUUGCUCCUGUUUGAGGGUUCUUCGUAUAUUACAAAGGAAAUUAUACGCCGAGAGCUUCCCAAAUACGGUGGUGAUUUAGACGCACUAUUGAAAUUAAAAAAAGAAAGUAAACUUCGACAUGAAUUUCACAAGAAGCAAAUGGAAAAGUUAUUCCCAAAUGGCGGAUAUGAUAAAACAAACAUAAACACAUGGGAUAUGCAAAUGUUGGUUGGUGUCAUCCUGAUAAUUUUCCAACCUACACUUAGUACCAGGGAGAAAGAAAAGCUGAAAGAAAUCAAGGAUACCAGAAAUACAUUAGCACAUGGUUCGGCUGUAGAGUUAAACAGGAAAAAGUAUGACGAAAAAAAACACCAAAUUCAGGUUGCGAUAGAAGAACUUGCAUCUGGAUUUAAUGAUGCAGUUAAGACUAAGUGUAGGAAAUUCAUUUCCACCUAUAUAUUUGAUCCAUUGGACGUUAGUUCAGCAAUUAAGCGCUUACAAGAACUAAGGUCUACUGACGACAAAUUUCAAGAGCUUCUUGAUUUAACUGCAAAAUCUCAAAAUGUCAUUCAAAAAGGUAUAAGUGGUGUUGAAAGUAAUAUCAGAAAAGAUUUGAAAGAUUUGGAUGAACGAAUAAAGAAAGUGGACGAGAAAACAUUACAAGGCUUGAAUGAGCUGAUCAAAGAGGUAAAAGGUAAGGUUCUAUCAUUAUUCAAAGGUAGUGGACGUGGAAUUUACAAUCUGCAAAUUAGGUUUGAUGGCGUAACUUUAUUUACCCGGGAAACGUAGAAUAAAGCCUGGAUUCGGCGUACGGAAAUGAAAUCAUUUUAUGAAUCAAUGACAGCCUGUGAGUAAAUUUAUUAAAAUGACACUGUUACUAUAUUUCUAAAGUCAAAAUAAGAUAUUUAAAUAUAUGGCACGUUAAAUAAUUCAAAAUAAUGUCUCAAAACAAAAAUUAGCGUGGAAUAUUCGGUGCACUUUAAUCAUGGUUAAAUAUCUCAAAAAUAAGCACACGGACUAAUACGUUUUAUUUCACCACAUUAUAGGCCAUAUGUUUAUUUACAACUGUGAGAAGUUUCAUCAAAUCUAGGCCUACAUUGUAGAAAAAAACUCUAUUCGUGAAAAUGUUAUGAAAAUUAUGAUUUUCCCACAGAUUCCCAUUAUGAAAAUUGCGUGAGGUCCAAAUUUUUCAAAUCAGUCUAGCAAAAGAUCAAGCUAACUACCCUAUCCUUUUUAUUUGCCAGUUGUUCUAGGUAUAUUCUAAAGUUUUGAAAAAUCGGAGUUAAAUCAAAUUCUACAUUCAAUUUGUAGAAAAAAAUUCGAUCCAAACGUGUAGAACUACCUUAAGAAUGCUGGAUUGCCUUACAAAACUAGGCAAUUCCAUUGACAUUUCCGAGUAUCAUUACAAUCUUAACAUAUAAAAACACUUUUUAGAACGUGUAGAAUUUGUGAUUUGUCUAAAAUGUUUGGAAGUUAAAGAUUUAUAUAUAUUGUUCCAGUUGUAAAUUUGUUUCUUUAGAUAUCUAACAGUGACAUAUUGUACAAAGUUGUUAACGAUUGUUAUGUAUGAUUCUUCGCUUUUGUAAAAAAAAUGAAGUGUCAUUUAAGUUUGCACCGCUCUGUUAGUUUAUACAGAAUUUAUUUUAGGUCGAUUAUGAAGGAAGUUAGGAAGUUCUACAACUUAUAUUAAUCACUCUCGACACCUCAUUCCUGAUUGAAUCCAUCGCCACGAAGGUAUGUGAAAAGAGGCCAGUUUCUCUUUAAAUGCUGAGCACCAAGCAAGGGAACUACUGGUACCAUAUUCACGUCUUUGGUAUAGUGCAGCCGGGGAUCGAACCCACGACCUCCCGCACUCGAAGCGGACGCCACUUCUACCACUAAGCUAUCGAAGGGGUUAAUCUGUUAUUAGUCCCCUACUGGUUGAAAACCAGUUUAGGGGACUAUAGGAAUGCGCUUCAUGACUCUGUCAUCCAUGAAGUGAAUUCAAUAUUACUUAGCAAAAAUGUACUUCAUAAUAAUUCAAUGUGUCAUGCACAACUUUCAAACCUCUAAUUUUAAA